UUCUGAUCUUUGCGUACUCCUCCUAUACUUUGAUUUGGGACGGGCACUUAUAAAGCUCGGAUGGCAUUUUCAAGCAGGUUUUGGGUCAUGUGGGUGACAACAGGGCGGUGGCUGCUUUUUACGCAAACUGCAGUUUAAAGAUGGAGUAAAGUCUUUUAUGAGUGAAAAACCUUCCUUUCCGGAGUGGAAAUGAGGAGUUACCCACAAUGCAUCGCCUUUCUGGGACAGUUCGGACGUUUCCAGCAGAUUGUUUUCUUCCUGCUAUGCAUCAGCAUCGUGCCCAACGGCUUCGGCGCCUUCACGCUGAUCUUCCUGGCGGACACGCCGAGUCACCACUGCCGGGUUCCGGACGUCAACCUCACCGAGGACUGGCGAGGCGCCAUCAUCCCGGUCCGGGUGGUCGACGGCAAGCCGCAGCGCAGCAGCUGCAGCCGGUACCGCCUGGAUGUGGUCCGGAACCUUUCGGAUCUGGGAUACAGUCCGGAUCAGGACGUAAACCUCACCACCCUGGAGGAGGAGACGUGUAAGGACGGCUGGAUCUAUAGCAAGGACAUCUACCAGUCCACCAUCGUCACUGAGUUCGACCUGGUGUGCGACCAACAGUGGAAGAAGCCGUUCACCACCACCAUCUUUUUUGUGGGCAUCCUGAUCGGAUCCUUCUUCGCUGGACAGCUCUCAGACAAAUGCGGAAGGAAACCCAUCCUCUUCAUCACUUUGGCUCUCCAGACCAUCUUCACCUUCAUUCAAGUCUUUUCCGUGUCUUGGGUGAUGUUCACCGUCCUCCUGGUCAUCAACGGUUUGGGACAGAUGUCCAACUAUAUGGCCGCUCUGGUCCUAGGAGCAGAGAUCUUAACAGGCAACGUUCGCCUGCUGUAUUCGUCGUUGGGAACUUGCUCCGGAUUCGCCGUAGGCUACAUGCUGCUGCCGCUUUGUGCCUACUUUGUGAGGGACUGGAAAACUCUCCUGCUGGUGCUGUCCGUGCCCUGUCUGGCCUUCUUCCCUUUCUGGUGGUUCAUCCCGGAGUCUCCUCGGUGGCUUCUCUGCCAGGACCGGGUCGAAGAGGCGGAGGCCAUCAUAAGGAGGGCGGCCAAAAUCAACAAGGUUCAGGCCCCAGGUGUCAUCUUCGAAGACUAUGUGGCCAAGGCCAAGACGGACCCCAAAGAGCCACACAGCAUCUUGGACCUGGUCAGGAACAGCAACAUUGCUUUCAUGACGGUCAUUCUCUGCUACGUGGCCUUCACCAUGUCGGCAGGAUACUACGGCAUCUCCUUCAACACCACGCAGCUCCACGACAACACCUACCUCAGCUGCUUCAUCUCCGGCGCCGUGGAGCUGCCGGCGUACGUCUCCAGCUGGCUGGCGCUGCGCUACGUCUCGCGGAGGCUGUCCGUCAUCGGCACUUUGGUGCUCGCCGCCUUAACGCUGUACGUCAUGCAGCUGGUGCCUGAAGAUUAUUCCAGCCUGUCUCUCCUGUUGGAGAUGGUGGGCAAGUACGCCAUCACCACGGGUUUCGGCCUGAUGUUCGCCUACACCACUGAGCUUUACCCGACGGCGCUGCGGAACACGGCGACCGGAAUAUGCAACACGGUGGCGCGGAUGGGCAGCUGCAUCACGCCUUACCUGCUGGAGCUGAGGUCCUACUCCAAGUUUCUUCCAUACAUCAUCUUGGGAAGUUUCGCAGUUUUGGCCGCCCUCGCCACCAUUCUCCUUCCUGAGAGUUUUGGGCGACCUCUUCCUGACAGCAUGCAGGACAUGCGCAAGAGGGAACGCAUCAAGUGCCCCUGCAUGCCGAAAGCUGAGACUCCUGUGACUGUGGUACUUCUGGAAAAUGCCAAAGCAUGAAAUGUAACGUACACACUACUGUAGGGGUGUAACGGGACGCCAUCAAAAGAGCUGCAUUCAUUUUUUGCGACAGUCACAACAAGCAUAGCAAGCAAGAAAAAUAGAAAACUGCAUAGCUUUUGUGCAAAAAUUUUUUUUUUUAAAGUAAACCAAUAAACUGCAAACAGCUGACAGGUAAUUUCACAAUGAACAAAAUCUUGUGAAAUUGAAAAAUAAUUUAGUCAUAUACCGCAUUUUCACACCGGAUUAUAAGGCUCACUGCUGAUUAAUGGUCUAUGUUCGAUCUUUUUUCCUAUAUAAGGCGCACCGGAUUAUAGAACGCAUUAAAGGAGUCAUAUUAUUAUUAUUUAUUUUCUAAAUGUAUAACACUUCCUUGUGGUCUACAUAACAUGUAAUGGUGGUUCUUUGGUCAAAAUAUUGCAUAGAUUAUGUUUUACAGACCGUCUUUAAGCUGCUUUCUGACAGUCACUUCCGAAUUUACGUGGCUCACCUUCGGCAGCGUCUUCUCCCCGUCAUCUUUGUUGUAGCGGUGCAGCGUGCAAAGACGGGAGUGGAAGAAGUGUCAAAAGAUUUUUUAAUGACAUUCAGACGUUACUUAAAUCAAUAACGGAGCAGCAUCUUCUCAUCCGGAAACAACAACGCCGGAAAUGUGUCCCGUGAAAAACCGUCCAACCGGAACUCUCUAAUAACUAAUGUUCCUUGGGUGAAUAAUGUAAACUCACUACACCGGUAUGUUUUAGUGCUUUCAUGGCAAGUUUACUGACAGAUAUAAGUAAUAACUUUACACUACUUUAUAUUAGAACAUGGCAACAGCGGAGGAUGAAUAUCACAUAAGAAGAAGAUAGAGAAAAAGAAGAAGCUUAUCGACUACGGUUUUGGCACGGACUACAAGGCGCACAAUUUUUCAGGAUUUAUGCAGAUCCCAAAUACAGAUCAGCGGGUACCAGAAGGUAAGAAAAGUUGCUUUCGCAUAAUAUUGCGAAACAAAAUGCCAGAUAAUAUGUCUUACCUUAUACACAGACCAUUAUAAUACUCGUAUGUUGAAGCACAGUACAAUCCAUCAAGCGGUGCGGCUUCAUAGCUUACCAAAGUUGUACUAAAAACAUUUUGAUAGUUUUUUGAGCACCGUCUGUAAUGUUCUAUAUUUUCCAAUGGAACAUAUAAAAUGUUGGUGUUUUACUUGAGUCAUAUUGCAGUCUACAUGUAUUUCUUAUGUGUGACUGCCAUCUACUGGUCACACUCAUCAUUGCACCAUGUACCAAAUAAAAUUGCUUCGAGGUCUGUAAGCACAACCAGAACUAUUCCGUACAUUAGGCGCACCGCGUUAUAAGACGCACUGUCGAGUUUUGAGAGAGAAAAAAAUGAUUUUAAGUGCGCCUUAUAGUCUGGAAAAUACGGUAACCAUUUUCAUCUACUACAGCGCCAACCUUUCUGGUAUUAUUUUAUUCUUUGCUUUUUCACUCUUCCUCACAAUAUGACUACUUUCAUCUUAUAAAAUGGUGACUUUUUUCAUAAUAUUUUGAGUUUUUCCCGAAUAAAUUUGCAGUAUUUUGCCCUAAAAAAAGUUGUUUCUCAUGCAAGCACAGCUUUUUUUUUUACACAGAAAAAUUGUGACUUUCAUUUUGUACAAUUGCAAUCACUUGAUGUAAAAUUAGAAUUUUUCGGAAUAUUCCAACCUAUUCUCCCCGUAUAGGUUGUAUUCACCUGAAUUAACUUUGCCAAACUCGAAGUAGUAAGCCAGCGUUCUUUCUCGAAGAAAAAUGCCCUAUGCUGGCGUUGUUUUCGGUUGUUGGGGCCGUUGAAAUCGCGAAAAGGAUUAACGUUUCUUUGAAAGGUAAUCAAGAAGGGCGAAAUAUGUCAAGAUUUUACGGAAGACGGCGAAAACAAUGGGAUGCAAGGGAGCAGAGUCGAAGAACGCACAAGUUUGCAGUGAUCACUUCGUUGACGCUUUGUUCGAUAUACUUUUAUCAUAUAUUAUUUCCCACUUAAGUAUUAUCUUGAUAUUAUUUGUAUUUAUUAAAACACAUUUUUGCUACGAGUGUUUCGUAAAGCAAGCAUCAACUCGGCAAGUCUAGAUAAAAGAAAGCAAAUGUGAGCAAAACCUAAAAGAGUUAAGCUUUUAUCAAAGGCAGCAAUCAUAAAUUAAUCUUUCAGCACAUACACAAUGUUGACAUCUGUGGUUAUAUUUUGAUAAACAAUCAUAAAUGAAGCUUUCAGCACAUACACAAUGUUGACUAUCUGUAGUUAAAUUUUGAUAAACAAUCAUAAAUGAAUCUUUCAGCACGUACACAAUGUUAACAUCUGUAGUUAAAUUUUGAUGAACUAUCAUAAAUUAAUCUUUAAGCACAUACACAAUGUUUAUAUCUGUAGUUAUAUUUUGAUAAACAAUCAUAAAUGAAUCUUUCAGCACAUACACAAUGUUGACAUCUGUAGUUAAAUUUUGAUAAACAAUCAUAAAUGAAGCUUUCAGCACAUACACAAUGUUGACAUCUAUAAUUAUAUUUUGAUAAACAAUCAAUGCAGCUGAGAUAGGCUCCAGCACCCCCGCGACCCCGAACGGGACAAGCGGUAGAAAAUGAAUGGAUCAUAAAUGAAUCUUUUAGCACAUACACAAUGUUGACAUCUGUAGUUAUAUUUUGAUAAACAAUCAUAAAUUAAUCUUUCAGCACACACACAAUGUUGACAUCUAUAGUUAUAUUUUGAUAAACAAUCAAUGCAGCUGAGACAGGCUCCAGCACCUCCGCGACCCCGAACGGGACAAGCGGUAGAAAAUGAAUGGAUUAUACAUGAAUCUUUCAGCACUUACACAAUGUUGACAUCUUUAGUUAUAUUUUGAUAAACACUCAUAAAUGAAGCUUUUAGCACAUACACAAUGUUUACAUCUAUAGUUAUAUUUUGAUAAACAAUCAUAAAUGAAUCUUUCAGCACUUACACAAUGUUUAUAUCUAUAGUUAUAUUUUGAUAAAGACGGGGGAAAACAUGCCACUCCACUGGUAAGCGGCGCGUGCAACAGCAACAAACAUGGCUGUAGACGCAAAGUUAAAUCAAGAAAUUCAAUCUUACCCGAGCAAAAAUGAUGCAUAUUUAUCCGGUAAAGUCUUAAUACGAAUUUCUUUGACUCAACCACACGCAAAUAAGUUGUAGACCUCCAUGCUUUUCCAAGUUUUCAUCUGUUUUGUCGUGUAGAAUGGUGUCUGUAGCACAAGAUAGUUUGAUAUGUCUGGGAACGCGCCCAACAGAUAAUCUUUGAUAUAACUUAUAACAAAGCAUUUUUUGAAAACUUAUUUUUUUUGCCCGUAUCUGCUUUUUCUGGAAAGAUCUAGGCCCCUUGCAUACUCAGGUAGUUCACUUUAUAUUUGCGGCAGAGUAGGCAUGUUGGUUUGGUGGCCCUCCACUUCGUUUACUUCCGAACAAAAGUCUUAUGACUGAAUACAAGCUAUUUGCGAUAUUUUAUUAUAAAAUAAUUUUGACUUUCGUCUUGUAAAAUUGCAAUCAUUUCCUGUAAAGUUUGGACUUUUUCAAAUAAUUCCGACAUUUCCCCCCAGUAAAUUUGUAGCGUUUUCAUGAAAAUUGAUUUUUUCUCUUAUAAGCCGAACUUUUUGUAUAAAUUGCCAAUUGUUUCUUAUCAUUUUCUUAUGUUUUUUCUUUUCUUCUUGUAAAUGUUCCACUUUAUUCAUAAUCUGAAUUUAUUCUCAUAACAUUGCCAUCUUAUAACUUCUUUUGUAUUGUAUAAAAAUGUUAAUCUCGUCUUUCAUAACAAAUAAUAUAUAACAGUUAAGGUUGGUUUUUAGUGCAAACAAGGCAAAGUUUAAAGCGUGUUAAUGAUUAUUUUACUUGUGAGAAAGCUUAUUCUUGGUUAAAGUGCUUUUUACAUAGUUCAAUUCUCACUUUCUAUUAACAAGACUACCAUCUUAUCCACCUGUUUUUAUUGUUUAUGUAUUUUACAGAGAAGGCCAAGAUUUCCCAAACCGAAUACUUUAACCACAAAACGGGGUUUUCAAGCACCAGAUUCUCCUUGGCACCAUUGCUGUAUUAGUUUAGCAAGUAGUUACGUGACACAAGUAACAUGGUUACAUGUACCGUUACACUCCUACACAAUGUACACAAUUGUUUACAUUUUUUUUUAAACUUCUUCUGACAUUCCAUGGAAAAUCUGCACUGUUAAUUUUAGGGUUACAAAUUAAAAAGUGCUGCAGGUUAUUUUUUCAGUGGAUUUAUAACUUUGCGGAGUUUGAAUUAUGUGAUGUAAUUCUAUAUUUCAAUGUAAAAGAGCUGAUACCGACACGCCCAGUGAGGCUGUAUGCGCACAAUGACAAUGGUGGUUGAUGUAACGUUUUCUUUUCAUUUUGAAAGCUUGUUGCAAUGGUUUGGUUUGUUUUGAUGUUUUGUUUUUUUCUGUUUGUAUAGUUUUUACCGGUAUUGUAAAUGUUUUUCCAUGUAAACCAGGUAAAAUGUUCAAACCAACAUUGUUUUACAUGUUGUUAAAGGUGCUGAUAGCUUUAAAUAAACAAACAUCAGGUAA